CUUGCACUUUCCCAUGUCCAUCUCCACUGUUGGCCAGAUUACUGUUUUGAGUAUCAAGGUUGCUCAUCACUGCAGCAGUCGAUAAUAAUGUCGCUACUCGGGGGUUUACUUUGAGCCCGGGGAACGCACGCGCCCGCUGCAAGCUUGUUACUAUAGUCGCUAGUGUUGCUAAUGCUGCCAAAUACCAAUGUGACACCAUGCAGCACUCGAUGCUACCUCUCUUACUGCUGCCUCUUGGUCCAGGGACCCGGAAUUGCAGUUUAAAUAGCUGGGUGGGCCUAUAAAGGGGGCUGCAACCCUGUCGAUCGAGACGCGCGGAAUGCUUUUCCCCGCGACGGGAAAUACUAAGAAGCUUGAGCCUUGCGUGACACGCGUUUCUUUACCACUUAUUGAAGCUUGAAGCUUGAAGCUUGUCUCAUUUGUUCACCUUUGAUUAAGUGUUGGGAUCGGCGGGCCAGCUUGGUGUCUGCUCGAGGCAACUAUGCUGUCACAAACUCUGCGCCCUCGUGGUGCAAUAACCACAGCAAUCUAUGGCUCUAUUGCCCUGGCGGCCUCGGUCGCAUCGGUUGAUACCUUUAAUGUUUUGGAUUAUGUCGACCCUUUGAUUGGAACAGCCAACGGAGGCCAUGUAUUCCCUGGAGCAACCUUGCCUUUCGGCAUGGCAAAGGCUGUCGCCGAUACAAUAGGCGAGAACCAAGCAGGCUUCGCAUUUGAUACUACCUUUGUUACCGGAUUCUCCCAUAUGCAUGACUCCGGCACUGGCGGCUCUCCAUCCUUAGGGAACUUUCCAAUUUUCCCCCAGCCCUCUUGCCCGAAUGAUGAUAUCAAUCAAUGCAAGUGGCAGCUCAACGAUAGAGCGGUGGCGUGGGAAAAAAAUUCGGUCAAGGCCCGCCCAGGAUAUUUUAGCAUUUCGCUGGCCAAUGGUGUUCAAGCAGAAAUGACAACGACAAACCGAUCUGCUCUGUAUCGGUUCACCUUUGAUGAGGCGUCAUCAGAAUCGUUGAGCCCAGUGGUGCUGGUGGAUUUGAUAGAUCUGCCUCAGUCACGAAGCAAGGGAACUGCUGACGUCGACUCCUCCACCGGUCGUCAGACCGGAAAUGGCACUUUCAAUCCCAGCUUUGGUAUCGGAAGCUAUAAACUCCAUUAUUGUGUCGACUUCAAAGGCGCGGAGCUUCGUGACACUGGUGUCUGGACUAAGAAUCAGGCAAAUAUCACCAGGAAAACCAUCUCUCUAGGUGCUGAUGGCGCCACCCUCUCGGGCGGUACAUUCGUUCGAUUCCACAGCCCCAAAGACAACACGAUCCUAGCUCGUGUGGGAGUGAGUUUCAUGAAUGUCAAGCAAGCAUGCGCUAAUGCGCAGCGGGAGCAACCCGACUUUGACUUUGAUGGGACCAGAGCUGCAGCUGAGACAGCCUGGAAGAAGAAAAUGGGUGUCGUGUCUGUAGACGCGGAGGGAGUUUCGAAAGAUCUCCAGACAAUCUUCUGGAGUGGAUCAUACCGGUCUCUAAUCAGUCCUCAAGAUUAUACCGGGGAGAAUCCCCUUUGGGAAAGCGAUGAGCCGUACUAUGACAGUUACUACUGUAUUUGGGACUCCUACCGGAGCAUUCACCCCCUACUGACACUGGUCGACCCUCUUUCGCAGUCCCUGAUGAUGCGAAGCCUUCUUGACAUUUACCGUCAUGAAGGGUAUCUGCCUGAUUGCCGGAUGUCUCUUUGCAAGGGCUAUACCCAGGGAGGCUCUAAUGCCGAUGUCCUCAUGGCCGAUGCGUAUCUGAAGAAGGUUGAAGGGAUUGAUUGGGACACUGCCUAUGAGGCCGUUGUCAAGGACGCAGAAGUCGAGCCCGCGAACUGGGAUGUUGAAGGGCGCGGUGGUCUACAAAGUUGGAAGAGCCUGGGAUACAUCCCCAUUGAUGAUUACGACCCUUACGGUGCGGGCACUCAUACUCGCAGUAUCUCACGAACAGUGGAAUAUGCCUACAACGAUUUCUGUAUUGCCGAGAUGGCGAAAGGCAUGGGUAAGCAAGCAGACUACGAAAAGUAUACCACUCGCUCGGGUAACUGGGCACACAUGUUCAAGGCGGAUCAGAAGUCCAGCAUCAACGGCGCCGACACGAACUUCACAGGAUUCUUGCAGCCUCGCUACACGAACGGUACAUGGGGCUAUCAGGAUCCAAUAUUCUGCAGCCCUCUACUGCAUUUUACUUCCUGCUAUCUGAACCCUGAUGGCCAUGAGACCUACGAAGGAAGUUCUUGGCUUUAUACCUUCUAUGCUCCACAUGAUAUGGGAGCACUCAUCAAAACGCUUGGUGGGCCAGAGCAAUUCAUUUCACGAUUGGAAUUCCUUCACGAAUCUGGCCUUCUGUAUGUGGGCGACGAACAAGCAUUUUUGACCGUCUUCCAGUUCCACUAUGGCGGACGGCCCGCCCUGUCUGCCAAGUACAGCCACUUCUAUAUCCCGUCACAGUUCAAUACCACAACCGCCGGCAUCGCAGGAAAUGAUGAUAGUGGUGCCAUGGGCUCGUUUGUCAUGCUGAGUAUGAUGGGUCUCUGGCCUGUCCCUGGGCAGGAUGUCUACCUGAUCACACCACCCUACUUUAAGGAAGUGAGCAUUGAAAAUCCAGUCACUGGUAAGACCGCCACGAUUCGGAAUGUGAACUUCGAUCCCAGUUACACGUCGAUCUACAUUCAGAGUGCCAACCUGGAUGGCAAGACGUGGACAAAGAACUGGCUCACUCAUGAUUUCUUCACUGAGGGAGGCGUACUCGAACUGGAGCUUGGCUCCACUGAAAGCCAAUGGGGGACUAAGACAGAGGAUCUGCCUCCUAGUCUGAGCAGUUAUCAGCAGUAACCCCCUGCAUCAGAGAUAUAUCUCAUGUCAUUUGAGUAUUUCCGGGCACUGGCGAUAUCAAUUACAAUAUCACUUCUCUUCAUACUUUCUUCAGUUCUAUUCCAGGGUUAUUAACAGGUUGUCCAUCAUCUCAAUGAGUAUUAUCAGCGUACAUGGCUAUCAAGGCCAAAGCAAUUUCCGUUCACUGUCACCCGGUGAUGACACCUGAUGGCCCUGGGGGCCAGCCUCUGCCCGAUUUUGGCGUCAUUUGCCGCACUAGUUCCUUGGUCUGCCUCCGCUCGUUCUACACUUCAUUGGGAUAAGGC